GUGGAGAGCUCCACCUUAUCUCCAAUGGUCAAAAUUCAUCUCACAUUUCCUUCAACUUUCCUCUAAAAACACAUAAAAAAAAAUGGCAACCCACCUCCAAAAACUCCCAAUCCUUCAUGAUUCUCUAACAAUUCUUUGGCCAUUUCCCAGCAACCCAAACACAUCUCUCACCAAAAUCUCCCUCUCUUUCCCGAUCCACAAAUCUCUCAAUUUCAGAACUCUUCUCCGCCGCGGCCGCAACGGUUGCGCUGCUCGGCGGAGAGUUCGCUACGACGAGGAUGAUGACGAAGAUGAAGAUUACGGCCACAACGACCAGAUUGCACUGCUGGAAUCCUACACCCAGGCCACCGCCGGCGAGGCACUCAUCGUUCACGCGACGGUUGAUGGCGACCAUGUUGAAGUUCUUGUCUUUAAGGGAUUCUCAUCAUGCUUGAGCUAUGGGACUUCACCUGAUCCAUCAAGAAGUGUUCUUCCAGCUAGAGCAGUGAUUAAAUCCAUAGAUAGAAUCAAAGGCCCAUUUGAUCCAUCAAAUAUUGAAUACCUUGAAAAGGGUAUCACUUGGGAAUCAUUUAACUUUCCCAAAUAGUUCAAUUUUUUCCCUUAAUUAAUACCAUUUUGUUACUUCAUUACCAUCUCACUCAUUUUAUUUUUUAGGCUAAGUUACCAAAAGGUAUUCUUAAAUUUUGUUAUUUGAUUCAAAGUUACUUUUACUUUUUAGAAUUUGGUAUAUUAACCUUGACAUUUCAUAAACGUUUCAGGACAAAAAUUGAGUAUUUGAAUGAUGUGACCUGAUACAGAAUGGAAAUUGGGACUUGAACAAUGCUCACACCAUUCUAAAUCAUUGUCAUGCUCGUUAUAGGUCUCAGUUUUUGUUAAAACCAGCUACUUACCAUUAUGUGUUGAAUGUUUCAAAGUGUU